AUGGCUGGAAGAAGCCGCCGCUCCUGGCUCAGUGUAUUGCUAGGGCUCAUCCUGGGCUUCAUCCUGGCUUCAAGGCUGAUCCUGCCCCGUGCUUCGGAGCUGAAGAAAGCGGGUCACCGGCGCAAAGCCAGCCCGGAGGGCUGCCGUCUGCAGCAGCAGCAACAGCAGCAGCAGGAGCCGCCGCCACCGCAGCAGCAGCAGCCCCCUGAGCAAUCGCUCUUCGGAGGGGCGCGCGAGGAUUCCCGGAGCUCGAUGCUUUGGCCUCCGGACCUGGCCGCCGGCGGCCACCCUGACGACCUCCCCCGGGCCAAGAACUUUCUUUUCGUGGGAGUCAUGACAGCCCAGAAGUAUCUAGAAAACAGAGCCGUGGCCGCCUAUAAAACAUGGUCCAAGACAAUUCCUGGGAAAGUUGAAUUCUUCUCUAGUGAGGGUUCAGACACAUCCAUACCAAUUCCUAUAGUGCCACUACAGGGUGUGGAUGACUCCUAUCCACCCCAGAAGAAGUCCUUUAUGAUGCUCAAGUACAUGCACGACCACUACUUGGACAAGUAUGAAUGGUUUAUGAGAGCUGAUGAUGAUGUUUACAUCAAAGGAGAUCGCCUUGAGAAUUUUCUAAGGAGUUUGAAUAGCAGUGAACCCCUCUUUCUUGGGCAGACAGGACUGGGCACAACAGAAGAGAUGGGAAAAUUGGCUCUUGAGCCUGGUGAGAACUUCUGCAUGGGAGGUCCUGGUGUGAUCAUGAGCCGAGAGGUGCUUCGAAGAAUGGUACCACACAUUGGAGAAUGCUUGAGAGAAAUGUAUACAACUCAUGAAGAUGUAGAAGUGGGUCGAUGUGUACGGAGAUUUGCAGGAGUACAAUGUGUCUGGUCUUAUGAGAUGCAGCAGCUAUUUUAUGAGAACUAUGAACAGAACAAAAAGGGUUACAUCCGAGAUCUGCACAACAGCAAAAUCCACCGAGCUAUUACUUUACAUCCCAACAAAAAUCCUCCUUACCAAUAUAGACUUCACAGCUACAUGUUGAGCCGCAAAAUAGCUGAACUGCGUCACCGAACCAUACAGCUCCACAGAGAAAUAGUUCUAAUGAGCAAAUACAGUAAUACAGAGAUUCACAAGGAAGAUCUCCAAUUAGGAAUUCCACCUUCUUUUAUGAGAUUUCAGCCACGCCAGCGCGAGGAGAUUUUAGAAUGGGAGUUUCUUACUGGAAAAUACUUGUAUUCCGCUGCUGAUGGUCAGCCCCCUAGAAGAGGGAUGGAUUCUUCUCAGAGAGAAGCUUUGGAAGACAUUGUUAUGCAAGUAAUGGAAAUGAUUAAUGCAAAUGCUAAGACCAGGGGCCGCAUUAUUGAUUUCAAGGAAAUACAGUAUGGUUAUCGUAGAGUCAAUCCUAUGUAUGGAGCUGAAUACAUUCUCGACCUUCUACUUCUGUACAAAAAACAUAAAGGGAAAAAAAUGACUGUUCCUGUGAGAAGGCAUGCCUACUUGCAGCAGACCUUCAGCAAGAUCCAGUUUAUGGAGCAUGAAGAAAUGGAUGCCAAAGAAUUGGCCAACAAAAUUAACCAAGAAUCUGGAUCCUUAUCUUUUCUCUCAAAUUCCCUGAAGAUGUUUGUUCCUUUUCAGCUUCCUGGAUCAAAAAAUGAGAACAAAGAACCCAAAGAUACCAAGAUAAAUAUCUUGAUUCCUUUGUCUGGACGAUUUGAUAUGUUUGUGAGAUUUAUGGGGAAUUUUGAAAAGACUUGUCUCAUUCCAAAUCAAAGUGUCAAGCUUGUUGUCCUGCUUUUCAAUUCUGACUCUAAUCCUGACAAAACAAAACAAGUAGAAUUGAUGAAAGAUUAUCGUGUUAAAUAUCCUAAAGCUGAUAUGCAGAUUUUGCCAGUUUCUGGAGAAUUCUCAAGAGCUCUAGCUCUUGAAGUUGGAUCUUCUCAGUUUAAUAAUGAAUCUUUGCUCUUCUUCUGUGAUGUUGACUUGGUGUUUACUACAGAAUUCCUACAACGAUGUCGAGCAAAUACGGUUUUGGGCCAACAAAUAUAUUUUCCAAUUAUCUUCAGCCAGUAUGAUCCAAAGAUUGUUUAUAGUGGGACAGUUCCCAGUGACAACCAUUUUGCCUUCACUCAAAAAACUGGCUUCUGGAGAAACUAUGGGUUUGGCAUUACUUGUAUUUAUAAGGGAGAUCUUGUUAGAGUAGGUGGCUUUGAUGUUUCUAUUCAAGGUUGGGGACUUGAGGAUGUAGACCUUUUCAACAAAGUGGUUCAAGCUGGUUUGAAGACUUUUAGAAGCCAAGAAGUUGGAGUAGUCCAUGUUCACCAUCCUGUCUUUUGUGAUCCUAAUCUUGAUCCCAAACAGUACAAAAUGUGCUUAGGGUCUAAAGCAUCAACAUAUGGAUCUACGCAGCAGCUGGCUGAAUUAUGGCUAGAAAAAAAUGACCCAAGUUAUGGGAAAAGCAGCAAUAAUAAUGGCUCAGUAAGGACAGCCUGAUAUCCAGCU